GCGCACACACACACACACACAUACACACACACACACGCGCGCGCGCGCGCACACACGCACUCCCACACUCACUUCCACCCAGCUGGUAGCGAGGAGGUGAGGGCGUGGAGGAGGGAGGGGCCACACCGCGGAUCCGCCAGGCCCCCCAGGCCGCCCCCCCAGGCCCCCAGCCAGCCAGCAUGCCCGGGGAGGCGGCCCGCGCCGAGCUGCUGCUACCCGCGGGGGGUGGCCCGGGCCCCCGCACAGUUGAAUCCCUUGAUGCCUCUACACCCAGUGGGGACCUGCCCACACCUGAGGACUUGUCCAUGCAGGGGAACUUGACUCUGCGACCAGAUUCUAUCCCCUUGGCCUUCCUUCCCGCCAAGCAGGGUGAUCGGCCGCAACCUGAGGGGGCCAGCUCGGAUGCUGGAGCGGGCAGCACCAGUUCUAGUCGAACUGCUUUGGGAGAGUGCAGCCCCGUGGUGGGACCCCCAAAAGGACUCCCCGAGGAACCCCUCCUCCUGGAGAGUCUGGAGCCUCGGGUUGUGAUGGGUGAAGAAACGAGCAGUAGCGGGCUCCAGCAGGCCAGCCCCGAGCUGCCCAAGGAGCCCCAGGCAGCUGACCCCCUGACAGUGACACAUUCAGAGCUCAGGGACUUGGAGGACAGGCGAGCUGGCCCCAGCCCGCCCCCCGAGCUGCUCUCUCAGGGUGACCUCCCUGUGCCUUCCCCCCGCCUGGACUCGGACCCUUACUUCACAGCCCCUUCCACCCCCACCAAGGUGGCCUGUUCCUAUCUAUUCUCCCACUCUCUCUGCCUGAGUGAGGAAGUCAGUGACACUGAGGCUGAUCUCCUCAGCUCACCACCCACAUCCCCCUCGGGUUCCUACAUCACUGCCGAGGGGGGCAGCUGGGCUUCUUCUAGCAGCUUUAGCACAUCCCCAUCCUGUUCCCCCAACCUGCUCCUGGAGACGGAGGGCCGGGACUCUCCUGACAAUGGGGACUUCUCCCUCCUCGGCUCCAAUGAGGAAGGUGGCCAAGAGAGUCCCCUCGGGGGGGCCUCUGACUCAGAUGACACGGAGCUCCUGCCUCCAGGGCCUCCGGGCCUCCUCUCCUCAGAGUCGAGCCUCUCUGGGGACAGUGGCUCCUGGAGCCCGGGGGGACGGGGAGACUCCUUCCCGGAUGUCGGCUCUCCCGGCGGGGAUCCAAUGAUCCCGGCCACCUUGCUCGCUUUCAGAGGUAGUCUGAUCUUUGAGGCUGAUGCUGUGGAGAUCACGCUGCUGCCCCAGGAGGAGGCUCUGAGCAGAGACAGUGAUGAGGAGGACAGCACCUCAGCCUCCUUCCUGCAGUCCCUGUCAGAGAUGUCCAUCAAUGAGGGUGUGGAUGAGGCCUUUGCCUUCCGAGAUGACACUUCAGCUGCCUCUUCUGACUCCGACUCGGUUUCCUAUGCUGGGGAGGAAGAUGAGCGGCUCUACAGCGAAGAGCCCCACGCCCAGCCUCCAGUCCCCCUCUGGCUCAGCUCCCCAGAGUAUGGGGAUGGCUUAGCUGAGAAGGAGGACAUAGCAUCUACAUGGCUUCCAGCCCAGUGUAUGGGGCUCGGCAUAGGUGUGGAGCCAGCUGCUGUGGCACCAACCCCUCAGUCCCUGCAAGACAUAGUAAGUCUAGAGCCCAUCGCAGUGACAACAUCUCAGACCACACAAGAAGUAGCAGACCUGGAACCCGUUGCUCUGUCAGUGACCCCUGAGCCCCUACAAGAAACAGCAGGCCUAGAACCCAUUGCCACAAAGACAUCUCAGACCCUACAAGAAGCAGCAGAUCUAGAACUGACUGCCAUGAUGGCAUCUCAGACCUUACAAGAAACAGCAGGCCUAGAACCCAUUGCCAUGAUGACAUCUCAGACCCUACAAGAAACAGCAGGUCUAGAACCGAUCACCAUGAUGAAAUGUCAGACCUUACAAGAAACAGCAGAUCUAGAACCGAUCGCCAUGAAGACACCUCAGACCCUACAAGAAGCCGCAGAUCCAGAACCCAUUACCAUAACGAUAUCCCAGACCGUACAAGAGGCAGCAGGUGUAGAACCCAUUGCCACGACGACCUCUCAGACCCUACAAGAGGCAGUAGAUCUAGAACCCAUUGCCAUGACGACCUCUCAGACCCUACAAGAGGCAGCAGAUCUAGAACCCACUGCCACGACGACAUCCCAGACCCUACAAGAGGCAGCAGAUCUAGAACCCACUGCCACGACGACAUCCCAGACCCUACAAGAGGCAGCAGAUCUAGAACCCACUGCCACGACGACAUCCCAGACCCUACAAGAGGCAGCAGAUCUGGAACCCACUGCCGCGACGACAUCCCAGACCCUACAAGAGGCAGCGGAUCUGGAACCCACUGCCGCGACGACAUCCCAGACCCUACAAGAGGCAGCGGAUCUGGAACCUACUGCCGCGACGACAUCCCAGACCCUACAAGAGGCAGCGGAUCUGGAACCUACUGCCGCGACGACAUCCCAGACCCUACAAGAGGCAGCGGAUCUAGAACCUACUGCCGCGACGACAUCCCAGACCCUACAAGAGGCAGCGGAUCUAGAACCCAUUGUCAUGAAGACAUCUCAGACCCUACGAGAAACAGCAGGCCUAGAACCAAUUGCCAUGAUGGCAUCUCAGACCCUACGAGAAACAGCAGGCCUAGAACCAAUUGCCAUGAUGGCAUCUCAGACCCUGCAAGAAACAGCAGGCCUAGAAUCCAUUUCCAUGAAGACAUCUCAGAUCCAACAAGAAACAGUAGAUCAAGAACCUAUUACCAUGUUGACAUCUCAGACCCUACAAGAAGCAGCAGUUCCAGAACUGAUUACCAUGAUAUCUCAGACCUUACAAGAAACAGUACAUCUAGAACCCAUUGCCAUGAAGACAUCUCAGACCCUACAAGAAGCUGAAGAUCUAGAACCCACUGCCAUGAAGACAUCUCAGACCCUACGAGAAACAGCAGGCCUAGAACCAAUUGCCAUGAUGACAUCUCAGAACUCUCAAGAAAUAGAUUUAGAACCCAUUGCCAUGAAGACAUCUCAGACCCUACAAGAAGCAACAGAUCUCGAACCCAUUGUUAUGAUGGUAUCUCAGACCCUGCAAGAAACAGCAGGCCUAGAAUCCAUUUCCAUGAAGACAUCUCAGAUCCAACAAGAAACGGUAGGCCUAGAACUCAUUGCUAUGAAGACAUCUCGGAGCCUACAAGAAACAGUAGGUCUAGAAUCCGUUGCCCUGACUCCUCAGACAGUACAAGAAACAGCAGGCCUAGACCAUAUUGUUGUGGCAGCGACCCCUCAGACCCUACAAGAAGUAAGUCUAGAACCCGUUGCUGUAGCAAUGACUCCUAAGACUCUACAAGAAGUGGACUUCAUGUUAGGCCUGGAACCUAUUGCUAUGGAAAUGCUUCAAGCUGACAGCACCCAGGUAACAACAGAAACCCUCUCUGUAAUGGGACAAGAAGAGGGAGAGGAAGAGAAGCCACUAGAGUGCCCCCAGGAUGAAAAAGAGUCCUCUCCAACUGAAGCGCUCCACUCAAGGGAGGGCCUUACUGUCUGUCUCAAUGCAGAUGAGGGAGACAAACCGUCACCCUCCCAGAGAGAAGCUCUGCCAGAGGCCAUGGCCAAUGGCCAAGAUCCAGGUGCUGAGGGGCAGAAGGGGCUGGCUGGUGAGGAUGAAGGCUUGAACUCUCUGGCUGAGCAAAGUUGUGUGGUUAUUCCUAAAAGCUCUGAAGAUGCUCUGUCCAGAGAUGUCAGUGGGAAAGGGUGUCCCCCUGUCUCUGUGAAGUGCUCCCUUCACUGGCCUCUGGGCCAUGUGGAGGAGGAACCAGAUUUGGGAAGUGAAGGCCCUGUUGGUAAGAGCAAGAGCUCAGAACGGUGCUCAGUCUCUCCCACAAAGAUGGACCUUGUGUCAGGGUCACUGGAUGCUAUCCAAGCCUUUAAAACUGGUGCUCCAGGGCCCAGUUCUGGACCUAGUCUGGAACAAAUGGAUAUCCUGGGGGAGUUACUGGGAAAAGUUGAAUUGAAUCUGGAGAAAAACCACCCUGAAAAGCCAGAUCAGAAGCCUUUACCCAGUGUUGAAAUCCCAGAACCCAGUGGAGCCCUUGAGCCUUUGCUCAGAGCAAAGAAGUCCCAUGGUACCCCAAUGGAAGGUCCCCUAGGUCCUCUGGUGUUUUCUGAGGUCCCCCGGCUGAAGGCUAACUUGAGGUGGGACACUGAACGGGUGUCUUUCCUCAGGCCAGGAAAGAAGGUACUCAGUUCCUCAUCCUCUGAGGAGCUGUCUGAUCGCCCCUUCACAUCCAAGCCCCGAGAGACGCUGGUUUUUUUCCCCGUGCCCAUGACAGGCCCCCGACUCCUGCUGGAGAGCGUUCCUUCCUCUGUUUUGUCCUCAACUGACCGUUCCCUCGAAGGACCCAAAGGUUCAUCUGAAGAGAAGAGGACCCUGCCUCAGAGCUCCCUGGGUAGGGAGAAGCCACCAAAUGCAGCAGGUGGCCCCAACACAAAGUUGGGGAAAUCACAGCCCCGUUCUGCCCCUCCUGGGCCUCCCUUCAGGGAGGCCCAGAGCUCUUCUGCCCCUGCUAAACUAAUGCCCAGCCCAGUGGUUCCCCAGCCCCCUUCUAGCCCAGAGGCCUCAAGCAAUAAAGGCCCCCCACCUCCCCCGACCCAGAAGCAAGAGGUGGGUAGGGUAGAGGGAGAAGUCUCUUCUUCAGCCCGGGCUGUCUCAGGGAACAUGCCUCCACUGGCUUUGUGCCCAUCAGACCUGGGCACAGUAGCAGCACGAAAAGUAGGAUCUCCCCGGCACCGUUCCCCAAGGGGUCAAGUCCUAGUGUCCCCCAGAAUACCAACCUCAAAAAUGGUCCCCUAUGCCAAAGACCAGGCCCCAGCAGGGUCUCCUGAGGUAAUCUCAAACCCAUGCUCCAGGGGGUUCUGGGCAGGGCAGGCUCCCCUGGGGUCGGUACCUCAGGUGGUUCCCAAGUCCCCCACUCCCAGUCAAGUGCCUCCAGGCCCUGCUCCUGGCCCAGGGCUCUGGGCCCCAGCUCUCUCCAGGACGGGGCCUGCUGCGGUUGCUGCUGCUCCUCCUCCUCCACAGGAAGAAUGCAGCCCGGGAGAUGUAACCUUUCCACCAGGACCCCGGUUGAGCAGAGAAGGUACUGAUCGGCCACCUCUGCAGGGCUUGGUGCAGUCACAGUCAAGUUCCUCUAGUGAGGCAGACCCCCUCUCAAGGUGUACAGAACUGGAGGAGCUUCGUCAAGCAGCUAACACGGCCCUGCGCCCAGCCCCUGGGGCACCCCCCAAUCACAGGGCACCCCGCAAUGACUCUGAGAGUAAUGGGGAAUCUCUUCCUGAGUUGGAGGAGCCAGACAGUACGGAACCCAGGACUGCACCAUCUCAGGCCCAGCUGGCCCACUCCCUGGGAAGUGGAGAAGAGACCAGCAAUAAAGCCAAGCAGAGCCGUAGUGAGAAGAAGGCUCGGAAGGCCAUGUCAAAGCUCGGCCUGCGGCAGAUCCAUGGAGUCACUCGAAUCACCAUUCGGAAAUCUAAGAACAUUCUCUUUGUCAUCUCCAAGCCUGAUGUCUUCAAGAGUCCGGCUUCAGACAUCUACAUAGUCUUCGGGGAGGCUAAGAUUGAGGACCUAUCCCAGCAAGUGCACAAGGCAGCAGCAGAGAAGUUUAAGGUACCGGCUGAACCCUCACCUAUCAUCACAGAGGCGGCACCAGGCCUCAACGUCAAGGAGGAGAGUGAAGAGGAGGAGGUGGAUGAGACGGGGCUGGAGGUGCGUGAUAUUGAGCUGGUGAUGGCUCAGGCCAAUGUGUCUCGAGCGAAGGCCGUGCGGGCUCUGAGACACAACAAUAAUGACAUCGUCAAUGCCAUUAUGGUGAGCAUGGAACCAGGAGAGGCUGAGUAGAGCUCAUGCCGUGGGGUAGCACCAAAAGCUUCUGCCCUUCUCUUCUUCCUCAUACCAGGCUUCCCACCUUCCAUUACACUACUGUUCCCCCUCCUUCCUCCCUGCCCCCCCUUCCCCAAGUAGUAUCUAGAGGCAGCAUGUCAAGGGCCUACUUGAAGGCCCCAGUGAACCCCAGUGAGCUGUCUCCUUGGUCUUCUGGCUGUUCAGCAGAGCCAAAGGCAGGCAUGUACCUUGUCUAGAAGCAGCUCUUCUUCCCCUUAGGCUUGUCCUGGGGUGGGGUGGGGGAGAAAGGAGGGGCUAUUGCUACAUGAACCUUCUAGCUCCCAGCCCUGAUGUCUCUUUUU